GCUGGUGACGCCUGCCUCAGCAUGGCUAAUCUCAUCCGUACCGCCAAGUCUGGCAACGACUGGACUCUCAAUGACCUGGACUCAUAUCACAUCACCCUCAAGCAGGUGGACGCCCUUUCGUUCUUUGGCUUACAGGAGUUGCCACGACCCUCAGUUGAUCAAGAGCUGCUAAUCAAUGCCGAUGCUGAUGCUAUGUGACAAGAUCACUACGCAGAGUUAAUCACUUACCUUGAUCUCGCCAUGAUCCCCCACAAAGGUAAAAUUGCCGUGGAUGAUUUUGUCGUCGAGCUUUUCAAGACUCUGGGUUAUGUCUGUCGAGAACGAGUGGCAUGCAUGCGGGUGGACCUGCCGCUCCUGAUUUGCGGCGAAGACAAGGAUGCAAAGACCGAUGUCUGUAUUUUCGAUCGAUCUCAGAACGAUAUCCUCCUCCUUGUCCAGGAGGACAAGAGGUUGGAGCACAGGGAUCCCAUCAAUGCGCGAGCUCAGCUUGUGGCAGAAGCAGUCGGGGCUUUCAAUGAGAAUAAUGCACAAAGGGAAGCGAUUGGACUCCCUCCUAUGGUGGAAAAGGUGAGUUAUUUCGUGAGUUUGUCGACCCUUUUCUGGAGAUCGUUCUUCUUAGGUCAUGCCCAGCAUUGUCAUGGUGGGGACGUCGCCCAUGUUCUUUAAAAUUCCCGUCACUCGAACUCUGUCCAUUCAUAUUCGCCAUGGGACCUAUCCUCCAGAGGAAACCUGUGUGAC